AUGGCAGCAGAGAUUAUGGACAGGGGGGACUCCACCUUCGUUGUGACCUUCGACGACGAGUGCGUCCUCGCGAUGGUGACCAGCUCCGGCGACGAGGUCACCGCCUGGCUGACUACCAUCCAGCGCAUCCACCGCUGUUGCCUCCGACGCCUCGUCGUCGGCCUCGACGCCGAGUGGCUCCCCCAGCGCCAACGCGGUGAGCGGAACCCGGUGGCACUCCUCCAGCUCUGCGUCGGCCGCCGCUGCCUCCUCUUCCAAAUCUACCGCGCGGACUAUAUCCCCGCCGCCCUCUUCGAGUUCCUCGCCGACGACCGCUUUACCUUCGUUGGCGUUGGGGUCUCCAUCGACGCUGAAAAUCUGCUCGAAGACUACGAUCUCCUGGUGCGGCGACCGGUGGAGCUGAGCCCCAUGGCGGCGGAGGAGACGGGCAGGCCGGAGCUCCGGCGAGCUGGGCUGGCAGCGCUGGCGAGGGCGGUGAUGAGAAUCGAGUUGAUUAAGCCCAAGAGGGUGACGCUGAGCCGGUGGGACUGCGAGUGGCUCUCUCUGGAGCAGGUGAAGUACGCCUGCAUGGACGCCUUCGUCUCCUUCGAGGUUGGUCGCCGGUUGAUCGCCGGCGAGUUCUGA